AUGGAACUCGCCGGUCCCGAACCAGACGUCCAACCCGGCGAAGAUGGAAGGGAGGUCCCCGUGAUACGAUCUGACCCUUACCUCGCCGACUUCACCCAGCUGGGGCCCCAGAUCUACAUUUACACGCCUGAUGUCGACGCUGCUACUACUGCUGCCCCUGAAGCCCCACUGAAAUCCCAACAGCAGCAGCAGCAGCAGCAGCAGCAGGGAGAAGAGGAGCAGCAAGGACAGCCAGCACCGCCAGUGCCGGAUCCGGACCUGAUCAUCGUCUGCUCGUGGCUGGGGGCCAGUCCGCGGAAUAUCGUAAAGUACACGACGGUGUACCAGCGGGCGUACGCCAGGUCGCGGAUCUUGCUCCUGCGACAGAACGGGGGCGACUUCUUCUUCCGCACCAACGCCACCCAGAUGCGGAAUCUUGGACCUGCGGUGUCGCUGAUCCGGGAGCUCGCGUUGACCAAGAAGAAGGGGGAGGGGAAGGAGGAGUUGAGGGUCUUGAUGCACAUCUUCUCCAACGGCGGGUCGUGGACGGCAUGUCAACUCGCAGACGCUUAUUACCAGCACCAGCGCCAGCGCCAGCUGCAGCAGUUGCCCGUGGGUUCUUCGGACGAAGAUGAAGCGAACGACGCACUCCUCCUCCUCCCCAUCACCGCGCUCGUGCUGGACAGCACGCCCUCCCUCCCCAACACGACCGCCGCACACACCGCCAUCUGCGAGUCUACGCUACCAAGAUCAUCCCCCGCGCCGGUGCGCGCGCUAGGCAGCGCCCUGAUCUGGACGUACCUUCGGGCCGGAAAUGCCGUCGAGGCCGUGACGGGCUGGGAGAACGCGACGCUCUCGCUGCGCCGCCGCCUCAACGACCCGCGCGGCGCCUUCACCGCUCACAAGCUGCCCCGCGUCUACAUGUACAGCCAGGCCGACGCGAUGAUCCCCGCGGCCGACGUGGAGCUGCAUGCGCGCGAAGCCGCGGAGGUUCUUGGUCAGGAGAAGGUGCGCCUGGAGGAUUUCGGCACCAGUCGCCAUGUCGGGCACGUCCUGGCUGAUCCGGAACGGUACUUGGCCGUUAUUGGCGGGUUGUGGAAGCGGAGUGUGUCGUGA